AUGGCCAAGUGGGGUGAGGGCGAUCCUCGAUGGAUUGUGGAGGAGAGACCGGACGCUACUAAUGUCAACAACUGGCACUGGACUGAGAAGAAUGCCGCACACUGGUCCAAGGAGAAGCUCCAGACGCUGCUGAUGGGGCUGCAGAUUGACGACGCUAGCAUUGGCCGCUGCUACAUCUCCGAGGUGUCCUCCAUCGAAGGCGAAGCCGUGGCCAACAAUCGCAAAGGAAAGCUCAUAUUCUUCUACGAGUGGGUGAUCAAGUGCAACUGGAAGGGCAAUGUCAACGGCCAGGCGGAGGAGAUCAGCGGCAAGCUGGAGAUUCCGAAUCUGAGCGAGGAGAACAGCGCCGACGAGAUCACCGUCGACGUCUCGCUCGACACGUCCGGCUCAAAGGAGGACCUCCUCAAGAACCUGAUGCGAAGCAAGGGCGAGAAGGCGAUCCGCGAGCAGUUGUCCAAGUACAUUCUUGCGCUGCGAGACGAGUUCGCCAAGGACAUGAUCAAGCCGUCGAAGCUGACCGACGGCGGCUCCAUCAACUCCUUCCAAACGGAGGCCCAGCUGAAAAAGACCAAAUCAGAGGCAUCCUCCUCCUCGACCACCAACCACAAAAAGCCCGCCACUGCUGCUGCUGCUACUGCUCCAAAACAGCCGCAGCAGCCAACUCCCGGCGUGAAGAUCGACACAACCACUCUUACGCUGACGGACACCUUCAAAUGCUCCGCCGAUGAGUUCUACCAAGUGCUGACCGAUCCUAAGCUGGUGCAGGCCUUCACGCAGAACAAGGUCACCGUGGAGGCCCACGCUGGCGGGCAGUUCAGCCUGCUGGACGGGAACAUCGUGGGGAAGUUCACCCACCUGGAGCCGGGCAAGGUGAUCAAGCAAAACUGGCGCGUCAAGAACUGGCCGGCGGAGCACUACUCGGAGGUGACCAUCACCAUCAACCAGAAGGAGGACGCCACUGAGGUGAACAUCAGCCAGAAGGGCGUUCCCCGCACUGACCUCGUCAGAACUGAAGAGGGCUGGAAGCGAUUCUACUUUGAGAGUAUUAAGCGAACCUUUGGCUUUGGUGCCUCUAUGUUCUAA